AUGAUCAACAGCACGAUGGAGACUUUCACUGAUUUCCGUCUGCAAGAAAGCCAAGGUUUCAUAGAGAUGUACAAGCUUCUACCUAUUGCCAUUGCAAUAAUUGUGUCAAACGGUCUGGUUUUUUACUUGUUCUACAAACGAAAAAGCCUUCGAAAUUCGUCUAAUUAUUUGCUACUCGGACUAGCGGUCUGCGACUUUUUGACAGGCGCAGUAAGCAUCCCGUACUUUAUCAUUUUCAACUUUAAUGUGGUACCCCCGACUUCCUUUCCGCAGUUUGCCUUUUGGAUGUUUGCCCUUCACACCUUUAUGGCAGUCUCAGGAGCCUAUCACAUUCUCGUCAUAACUUGGGAGAAGUACCUAGCUAUUCUUCAGCCACUGAGACAUCACAUAGUCACCAAAAAAGCAGUGUUCAAAGUAUUAGCGGGGAUUUGGUUCACAUCAGCUUUGAUUGCUGUACUUCCCCUCACUUGGUCGAAUUCACAAUCAAAUCUUGGUCUCAUCAUUUAUUCCUCGUUUUGCCUCGUUUUCGUGUUCUUGGUCCCGUAUGUAUUUAUGUUGUACGCGUUCACGGUGAUGUUCAAAGCGGUCAGCGGUAGAAAGAGGCCAUCACAACAUGGACACAAACAGCGACUACAAAAAAAGAACCGAACCGACCGAAAGUGCAUCCUGGUAUUUGCUUUGAUGGCGGCGAUAUAUUUAAGCUGUUGGCUUCCGUAUUUCACACUCAUGUUAUUUAUUAACAUCAAGUUAUAUUGCAGGUCGUAUGAUUCUAUCACUGACUCUGUCUUUCUCAAAACUCUCGAUGUGUUUUCGACAAUGAGGUUCAUCACUUCUGCAUCCAAUCCACUGCUUUAUACGUUUUUUAAACGUGACAUUUGGCGGGCUCUACGUGGUCUCUCUAAGAGAAGAAAGUCAAGUUUUGUGUUUGAACAAGCUUCGUCUCUAAGAUUCUCCUCUCUGCGAUUCUUUUUCCUGAAACGCAGAUCAACUUCCGUUGACAGCGCACACUCGGCAGAUGCAGGCACAAAUAUCAGUCAACUUUCCUUCACUGCAAGAAAUCGGUUUUUUGAAGUCGAAAACAAUGAACACACAAACGGCCAAUAUAUAGCUUAUAUAUCAUCUGUCUAA